GACCCGCGGGUCUCUCCGCCAGCGCUCUCGCAGUUAGUUGCUCUCCCGUUCAGGCCCUGUGCGCAGGCUCCGUGAUAGUCACUUCCGGGAGGUCAGCUGCAUUAAAGUUCCCUUCCGAAGCAAGCUCCGAUUUCUUAAUUUUGAAGUCUGAGCGGAAAUAAAAAGCGCACCCAGCCCAAUUUCCAGCGGACCGAGAUUGCGUCGGACAACCAGGAAGCGGCCGGGCUGGGAGCUGUCCCCUGCUCUCCGUUCUGCUCUUGAGGGCAGCUCCCAGGCUCGCUGCACGGUGUCCCCCUACCCCGCGUGACCGCUGCCCCGACCUAGGCUCCAGCCCGGGCCGAUCACUCCGGAGCCGCCAUGUCGUCCGAUUUCGAGGGCUACGAGCAGGACUUCGCCGUGCUCACUGCAGAGAUCACAAACAAGAUUGCAAGGGUCCCCCGACUCCCUCCUGAUGAGAAGAAACAGAUGGUUGCAAAUGUGGAGAAACAGCUUGAAGAAGCAAAAGAACUGCUUGAACAGAUGGAUUUGGAAGUUCGAGAGAUUCCACUCCAAAGUCGAGGAAUGUACAGCAAUAGAAUGAGAAGCUACAAGCAAGAAAUGGGAAAACUUGAAACAGAUUUUAAAAGGUCACGGAUCGCCUACAGUGACGAAGUACGCAAUGAGCUCCUCGGGGAUGCUGGGAAUUCCUCCGAGAACCAGUUGAUAAAAUUACGUGAAGAGAGGGCACAUCUGCUCGAUAACACAGAGAGGCUGGAAAGGUCAUCUCGGAGACUAGAGGCUGGAUACCAAAUAGCAGUAGAAACCGAGCAAAUUGGCCAAGAGAUGUUGGAAAACCUCAGUCAUGACAGAGAAAAGAUACAGCGAGCACGUGAAAGACUUCGAGAAACAGAUGCUAACUUGGGGAAAAGCUCCAGGGUUCUGACAGGGAUGUUGCGAAGGUAAGAGCAAGAAUCAUCCAGAACCGCAUCCUGGUCGUCAUCCUGGCCGUCAUCCUGGUCAUCACCAUCCUGAUGGCGAUCACUUUUUCUGUCAGAAGACACUGAUGUAUCUGCUCUUCCUGAUAAACAGCAACAACAGCUUGUUCUGAGUAAUUAAGACAAAACGGUCACAUGAAUCAUUCUUUUGCGAUGACAGGCCCUGAGUGACCUUCCCUCUCUCACCACUGUUCAGCUGAAGUGCAAAGAGUGUAAAAAUAUUUUUUAUUCCUG